CAAGUGUUGAAAAUGCAAGAAUGGCUUGGUAUAUGUUUCACUUAGUGUAAGAAAAGUUUUAUCUGAUGUUGUUUUUAAGAGUUUUUAGUCUUCUGGAUAACUUGAUGUAGUUGGUCCUUUGUGUCCAUUAGCCAAUCAACAUGGCAUAAAACUGAUCCCUGUAUGAUUUUGGCUCCUUUUUUUUCUGAGCCAAAGAAUAUUUCAUACUUCUGUACAUCGGUAUUAAUAGCUUGUUUUUCCAAUAGGAAUUCAUCUAACUUCGACACCAAUUCAUUUUGUAUCUAACUGACAAUUGUACCCAGCAAGUGAAAGUAACAUUUAUAAACUGAGGUGUCUUUUAAAAACAUUUUCUUCUUUUGUUGUGCAAAGUUGAUACAACCGAUCUGUAGAAACCUCAAUCUGUCUUUAAGUCCAGCUAAAUGUCUUUGGGAUUUCCCCCCCCCCUCAAUUUUGCAGUUUAGCUCACAUCUUUCAGCUAUUAACAAGGUGUAAUCCAUGUUUUGUUUUGAAGAAUGUAAUCCAAUCAUUCAGAAUGAAUUGCUGUGAAGUUAUUAAGCUUUGUGCAUAUACCGCACUUCAGUACCCAAAAACAGUAUCCGCUAUUUCAUUAAAUUCCUUUUUCCCAUAUUUCGAAGACAUUGGUCAGACACAGAACAUUAUCAGUCGGAUCACAGCUCUGGAAGUUGGAAAAGUCUCUUUUGAGAUAAGGCUCCAAACAAACUUUGCUGCUGUUGAUAAUGUUGCGUGCACACAUCACAAUUCUUUCCAGAAAACUAGAUGGGCUUAGAGUGAAACGGCUUUCUUUGCACAAGUUUAGGGGUGCUAAUCCUUUGCCUCCAUGCACUAUCUUGUCUCUCUUUUUAGCGGGCUUUUUCUGGUGCUUAUUUGCUCAGAGAUGGCCCAGCUCCGGCACAAAAGAACUUGUCUGGCCAGGGUUGAACUUAGAAAUUAAUCUUGAUCCAUGUCUGCUGAGGUUAGAUGCUCUUUGCACUCUUUGAAGGGAUAAAACACCCCUCUUUGAAGGGUUGCUUCAUCUCUGUAACCAGAAAAUAAAAUAAAUCAAGAGAUUAAAAGCCAGAGGACGCCAAGCCUAGCAUCCCUCUAAAAAUUGCUACUCCAUUUUUGCAAUUCUAAAGAUGCAGGGCUUCAUUUGCGCAUGUGCAAGGCCCAAGCUCGAGCGCUAGCUAAUGGCUUAGCGGCGGGGGAACCUUUCUUCUGCGCAGGCGCAACAGGCGGAGAAGCAAGGCCGUUUUCUGAAAUUAUGGCGGGCGCUGCCGCUUGCUUGGCCGAGACGCGGGUGGGGCAAGUGGUAAUGCCGGGGGAAGCGUUGCUCUUGCCCGGCCAGGGCGAGGCGGACGGCGAACGGCUGCGCCUGACUACGACCGGACCGCAGAAGGGACGGCUGGUUUGCGGGCCGGGCCUGAGACGUGGCGCCGACGGCCUAUUAGUCACCCAAUGCGGCCUGCUGCGUUACCGGGGCCAUUCCGCUCAGGCCGGAAGUGGGAGCGGAAGUAGUUCCGGGGGAACCUAUUGGGUGGACUCACAACAGAAGCGGUAUGUCCCAGUGAAAGGAGAUCACGUGAUAGGCAUAGUGACGGCCAAAGCUGGGGACAUAUUCAAACUGGAUGUUGGAGGCAGUGAGCAUGCCUCUCUCUCUUACCUGGCGUUUGAAGGGGCCACCAAAAGGAACAGGCCCAACGUGCAGGUGGGUGACGUUAUUUAUGGCCAGUUUAUCGUGGCCAAUAAAGAUAUGGAACCUGAGAUGGUCUGCAUAGACAGCAGCGGCCGGGCGAAUGGCAUGGGAAUCAUAGGGCAGGACGGCUUCUUAUUCAAGGUCUCGCUAGGCCUAAUAAGAAAACUCCUGGCUCCCGAUUGUGAAAUCAUCUGGGAUUUGGGACAACUUUAUCCUUUUGAGCUAGUGCUAGGAAUGAAUGGAAGAAUCUGGGUAAAAGCCAAAACAGUUCAACAGACUUUAAUAAUAGCCAACGUUUUGGAAGCUUGUGAACAUAUGACAGCCGAACAGAGGAAAUGUGUAGUUGCAAAACUCUUAGAAAACUGAUCGGGGGGGGGGGGAGAGGAUGUAUGAUGAUCCAUGAUAAAUUUCCAGGGAGAAAGAAAAAAAAUAUAUUACAUAUUUAAAUAUUUUAUAGCUAUAUGGGAAAUACAAACUAAAGCUGUUACUCUGUAUAUUUUUUGUUUGUUUUUUUCUUAUACUUCAUCCGGCAAAUUUUUCAAAUGGGAAGUUGUGUAGUUAGUAGUGGACUUUUUGUAAAGAUUCCCAAACUUCCUGGUAAAUCUUGGUUUUGCAAUGCUGUUGAAGGGGGGGGGGGAAUUGGUUUUCAUUUCAUUUUAUUUGCAAAUAUGUACAGACAUUUUCGAGAGGAUUUUUUUUUUAAUUCCCUGAAAUGUAUGUAUGGGCAUAGGACUGAGGUUUUUUUUAUUUUUAUUCUGUAAAGUAGAUGCUAUAAAAAUGAAAUAUAAAUAAAGAUGACCAGAGAAAUUUACUGCUGUUGAAAAAAAAACCCAGAAAAUUAAGUUUCUCUCAAAGAUUUAACCUUUUGGAUACAGCUUUUUUUAAAAAAAUUGCAAAAUUAACAUUUGGUAUUGAAUUUGACUCCUCUGUUACACAUUUAUUUAGCUUUCUCUUAAAAGCACAAAAAUACUAUAAGAAAGCAUUGCAGUGAAAACCUGAUCCACUAUUUAGGCCAGGAGCCAAAACGAAGAUCCCAUUUUAACUCAAAUGGAUAAAUGAUAAUAACAGCAACUCUAAGAGGAAAAAAUUAAAUUUGAUUUAUUACGG